UAUAGUGGGCCUCGAUGCCACUUGCUGCAGGGCGGCGAGUCCACCCAAAAACCGAAAAACCAAGCCGCGGAGCGAGCGAGUGUUGCGGUCUGCGCUGGUUUGGAGCCGCCAGACAACCGCCGCCGCAUUGUUCGCCACAGCGGCCGGCCGCGCACCACUCGGAAGAACCGUUCGAGGAUUAAGCCGCUGGACCGGAAAGUGUUGCUUCGACCACUCGGAUGUGAUUUUUUUUUUUUUUUUUUUUUGGCGAGGACUUGAAGCGGUUUCCGACUAAUUCCGAUGAAGAAGGCUCAACGACGCCGGCUGCGGUGAACCGGCAGCGGGCAGCCAGCGGGCAGCGGAACGUCGUGGUCGCGGCAUGUCGGCGGCGCAGACCCAGAAGGAGGGCGGCAGCGGCGAAGGCGGCGGCGGCGGCGGCGGCGGCGGCUGGGCCUGUCUGGAGUCUCUGGGUCUGAGUCAGAAGGAGCUGGUCCUGGCCGAGGCCCUGCAGAUGGAGUACGACGCCCUCUCCAGGCUCAAACAGGACAACAAGACCCCCGCCGGCCGGCCGGGGGCGCCGGCCCGAUCCGACCCGUCUCUCCACCGGGCCGCGGGCUCCCGCUCCGGACCGCCCCCCUCCGCUGGGGUGCCCCCUCCCCAGGGGGGACAUCUUUACAUCCUGGACAGUCCCGAGCUGACCAAGCUCAACCCCGCAGACUCUGAGCUUCUUCCCAAAGUUUUCCAAACAUUUCCCGAGGACAGCCCCCCCGCCGUGCCUCCGCGGAACCCCGUCCCGCCGCUUCCGUCUUCAUCGUCGGCGUCCGAGAAUCCGUUCUCGGCGGUCAGAGGGCCCGCGGUGUCCCACGACGUCAAUCUGUACACGCCCGACGCAGACCCGCCCAAAGUCACCUCGGCCGAGCUCAACUUUGACAUCAUCGACGACCGGUCCGAGAAGCCCGUGGCGCGGAGCGACGCCCUGCCCCCUCGAGUCCCGCCCAGGACAUACUUGCCCGUCGCCAAGAGCAACAAGAACCGGCGCCGGGCGUCGGCAGACCCGGUGUCGGCGGGCUCCCGGACGAACGGCUUCGGCUACGAACUCUUCCAGGUGUGCGAGGAGCGCGACGAGGAGGUGGCGGCCUUCUGCCACAUGCUGGAUGUCGUUCGCAGCGACGCGUACCCGCACAGCGACCGCUGCAAGAACGCCGGCUUGGUGUGGUCCCGGUCGGCGGGCCGGGAGGAGCUCCGCCGGGGCCCCGGCGUCGGCGUCAAGGUGACGGUCGUCGGCGCUCACUUGGGCGAGUCGCUCGCCUUCACCUGCGACGGCUCGUCCACCGUGGACCUGAUCAUCUACCAGACGCUGUGCUACGCUCAGGAGGACCUGGACCACCUGGACGUGGACCAAUACCUGCUGAAGGUCUGCGGCCACGACGAGUACCUCCAAAACUGUCAGACUUUGGCAGGUUUGGAGUUUGUGCAACAAUGUUUGAAGUUCGACAGGGACGUUCGACUGAUCCUCACCGAGAGAUCUUCCAUCAGCGCGGAGCUGGCGCGCACGAAGGACGACGACGAGCUGGCGUCCACGUUGAACCACGGCAUCCUGCUGCAGGAGCGGCCAAUCAAACAGACGGUCACCAGGGAGGCUCUGACGCUGCUGCUGGACACGUUCCACAACGAGGCCGAGUCCUUCCUGCUGUCCGAGGCGGAGCUGCCGCUGCGCGUGGAGCGGAUGGUCCAAUCGGUGAAGGCGCUGUGCAGCUCUCUGGCGGCCGUGGAGACUCCGGACGUGACGUCGGCGCUGGGCCGGCUGCCCGCUUGCCCGUGCCGCCUGCAGCCCAAAGUCCUCAAGGACGCGUCGCUGCUGUCCGUCCGGGAGAACCGAGAGAAGGUGGUGGAGAGGCUGACGGCGGCCAUCUUGGACCUGGUGGAGUUGUACUGCAGCACGUUCAACGCCAACUUCCACACGGCGCCGCACAACCGCGCCGGCGCCGCGCCCGUCCAGGAGGCGGGCCGCGCCACCGGCGUGCUCUCCUUCAACAUCUACGCCGCGCACCGCGUGCCCGUCACCUGGGCCACCAGUUACGAAGGCUUCUUCCUGUCGUGCUCGCUGACUCACGGAGGGGCGGAGCUCUGCGCGCCGCAGCACACCAGCAAACAGGCGGUCAGCAAGUACCUUUUUCACCUGGUGGUGUGGGACCAGAGGGUGACGUUUCCGGUGCAGAUCAACGAGCUUCCCCGAGAGACGCAGCUGACGGUGACGCUGUACGCCAGCUCUCUGCCGCCCCCCGGCGGCGUGGAGGAGAAGGGCAAGCAGCGGCGCAGCGCGGAGGCGCUGGCCUGGGUCACCAUGCCGCUCUUCAACUUCAGGCACGUGCUGACGUGCGGCAGGAAGCUGCUGGGCCUGUGGCCUUCGACCCCCGGUCGGAAUGCCAACGCCCGCUCCGGCUCACCCAACUUCAGCCAGCCGGACAGCGUCAUCCUGCAGGUGGACUUCCCGUCGUGGGCCUUCGAGGUGGGCUUCAGCACGCCGCCCGCCGCUGACUUUUGUCCUCAGUACGACUUUUCGCGGUUGGACGCCGUCAGCCAGAUCACGCUGCGGGACGUCCUGCACAAGAAGGCCUUCUUCUGGCUGACGGCGGAGGACAAGCGUCUGGUGUGGGAGAAGAAGGCGUUCUGCCAGGCGGAGAGCGGCGCGCUUCCUCUGGUGCUGGCCAGCGCCCCCUGCUGGCAGUGGGCCUGCCUGCCGGACAUCUACGCCCUGCUGGGGCAGUGGGCCUGCCCCGGCCGCCUGGACGCACUGGGACUGCUGCACGCCAGGUUCCCGGAUCAGGAGCUGAGGAGGACGGCCGUCCAGUGGAUGGACUCCAUGUCCCAGUCGGAGCUGCUGGACUUCCUGCCUCAGCUGGUGCAGGCGGUGAAGUCCGAGUGCUACCUGGACAGUCCGCUGGUGCGCUUCCUGCUGCGCCGCGCCAUCGGCGACCUGAGCGUGGCGCACUACCUCUUCUGGCUGCUGAAGGACAACCUGCAGGACAGCCAGUUCUGCGCUCGCUAUCAGCACCUGCUGGCCGCCCUGCUGUGCUGCGCCGGCCGCGGCCUCCGAGAGCAGCUGGACCGCCAGUGCUGGCUGGUGUCCGUCCUGGCCGGGGUGGCCCGGAGCGUCCGAGACGCCGCGCCGUCCGCCAGACAGAACGCGCUGAGAGAAGGUCUGGAGGAGAUGAAGCGGUUCUUCUCCGUCAACGGCAGCUGCAGACUUCCUCUCGACCCGGCGCUGCUGGUCCGAGGGAUCGACGUCCAGUCGUGCUCGUUCUUCAACUCCAACGCCGUCCCGCUCAAGUUGUCCUUCCAGAACGUCGACCCCUUGGGCGACAACGUCAACAUCAUCUUCAAGUCGGGAGAGGAUCUGCGCCAGGACAUGCUGACGCUGCAGGUGAUCCGCAUCAUGAACAAGAUCUGGAUCCAGGAGGGUCUGGACAUGCGGAUGGUGAUCUUCAAGUGCUUCUCCACGGGCCGAGGCCGCGGCAUGGUGGAGAUGAUCCCGCAGGCCGACACGCUGAGGAAGAUCCAGGUGGAGCACGGCGUGACGGGUUCCUUCAAAGACCGACCGCUGGCCGACUGGCUGCAGAAGCACAACACCGCCGACGAGCAGUACGACAAGGCGGUGGAGAACUUCAUCUACUCGUGCGCGGGCUGCUGCGUGGCCACGUACGUGUUGGGCAUCUGCGACCGGCACAACGACAACAUCAUGCUGAAGACCAGCGGGCACAUGUUCCACAUCGACUUCGGCAAGUUCCUGGGGCACGCGCAGAUGUUCGGCAACAUCAAGCGGGACCGGGCCCCCUUCGUGUUCACGUCCGACAUGGCGUACGUCAUCAACGGCGGCGACAAGCCGUCCAGCCGCUUCCACGACUUCGUGGACCUUUGCUGCGAGGCCUACAACCUGAUCAGGAAGCACACGCACCUUUUCCUCAACCUGCUCGGCCUGAUGUUGUCAUGCGGAAUUCCCGAACUGUCCGACAUCGACGAUCUGAAGUACGUCUACGACGCGCUCAGACCUCACGAGUCCGAGGCCGACGCCACCAUGUACUUCACCAGGUUGAUCGAGUCGAGCCUGGGCAGCGUGGCGACCAAGCUGAACUUCUUCAUCCACAACCUGGCACAGAUGAAGUUCGCCAGCGCCGACGACGUCCCGUCGCUGUCGUUCGCUCCUCGCGUCCGCUCGGCCGAGAGCGACGGCGCCAUCCGGAGUCUCUACGUGUGCGCGCGCGGCGGCGGCGGGAAAGCUCACACGUACGUGGUGAAGGUGGAGCGUGACGGCCAGCGGGAGGUGCAGUUGGUGCAGAGGACCUUUGAGGAGUUUCAGGAACUUCACAGCAAACUCAGACUCGUGUUUCCCUCCGGCAAGUUACCCAGCUUCCCCAGCCGCUUGGCGAUCGGCCGUUCUCGCGGCGACGCGGCGGCGGAGCGGCGGCGCGACGAGCUUAACGGUUACGUGUGGCACCUCCUACACGCCGCGCCGGAGGUGGCGCAGUGCGAUCUGGUCUACACCUUCUUCCACCCUUUGCCCAGAGACCAGCGGCCCGGAGCGAGCGGCAGCAAAGCAGAGCCGUCGUGGCCGGCGUCUUCCGGAAAAGCGUCGGGCGAGGUCAAGCUGUCCAUCUGCUACCGGAACGACAAACUCUUCAUCAUGGUCAUGCACAUCCGAGGACUGCAGCCCCUCCAGGACGGGACCGACCCGGACCCGUACGUGAAACUCUACCUCCUGCCGGACCCGCACAAGACCAGCAAGAGGAAGACCAAAGCGGCGCGGCGCACCCGCAACCCGACGUACAACGAGAUGCUGGUGUACGAGCGCAUCCCGCGCGGCGACCUCCAGCAGCGCGUGGUCCACGUGCGCGUGCUGGGCGACGGCGCCUUCUGGGACAGCACCCUGCUGGGAGAGGCCUUCGUCCCCCUGGGGAGGCUGGUCCCGGGACACCACUGGGUGGACUGGCACCCGCUGGGGGGCGCCGCCGACGCCCGCUGAGCUAACUUUUAGUCUAAACAAGUCAACAAGAGCACAUACGGGAAGCCCUUUCAGCAUUCCAUCCGUAUCUUACCAGUGCGCCCAAUUGUCCGUGCGCUCGGCCCUCCCUAACGCAACACUUCAGCGCUCUCGUCAUACAAGCGCGUUUUGCCGAAUGACAUUUCUGCGCACCGCUGGAAAUGCCGAGGGCGAAAUAGCGGAAGAACUCCGGCGCCCUCGUAGUACGAGGAGGGCACGCUAGUAGAAUGACUAACAUGUCCGCCCGCCAUUGCCUUCCACCACUGAAUGACAUUUCUGGGCACGAGUAGAAUGUCCAGCUGUAUAACGACGACAUGUUAUGAGUGAGGCAAAACUGUGCGCUAGCUGACUUCUGUACCCUGCUAGCUAGUUCUAUGAGCGAACAAGCACAAUGUUGGAAUGUCACAACCAGUUGUGUAACUAACACGCAGAUUUGCCGCAUUGGUAAUGUUCUACUAGUCCGCUGAAUUGUCUCGCUAGUGAGGACAAAAUGGGCGCACUAGUAGAAUAUGGCGAAAAUGCUGAAUGUACAGUUGGCUGAGUUUUAUUGUGAAAGGCUCAAGUGAAGCGCUUCCUCUUUUGAUGUUUGCCAUUCACAGGUGCAUUGUGGGAGAAGCGUGCGUGCGUGCGUGCCGGUGGCGUCACGCGACUGAACUGGAUUCCGUGUGAUUUUCUACUUUUCGUAAACAACAACGGAACUUUUGAAAGCUGCAAAGAAGAAAAGCGGAAGUGAUGUCACAGAAUGUAACCGCGUAACGUGUACAUCGUUUUGCUCCUGAUAACUCGUCCGACGAGCAUUUGACGGGCGCGCAGCUUUGACUUUGUUUUGUAUGAUUUGCACUCCCAAAUAAACUUGAAGACUGAAGAUGUUUUCCCAUCAA